CCAGAAAGGGAAGCCCACCGCCCUCCCCCAACUCGAUUCAUCGUCUCCUGGUCUCUCCUCUGUUGCUUUCGCUUCGAUUUGUUUUCUAGGGUUCCUUUCGUUCUUCUUCUCGAUUGUCGAAGGAGGUCUUGGGAUUGGGUGGCUGUGGCUCUGGUGAACCAUGUCGUACGCUUACCUCUUCAAGUACAUCAUCAUCGGCGACACAGGAGUGGGGAAAUCAUGUCUCCUUUUGCAGUUUACUGACAAACGCUUCCAACCUGUGCAUGACUUGACUAUCGGUGUUGAAUUUGGAGCUAGAAUGAUUACUCUUGACAGCAAGCCCAUUAAGUUGCAGAUAUGGGAUACAGCUGGCCAGGAAUCUUUUAGAUCAAUUACGAGAUCCUAUUAUAGAGGUGCUGCUGGUGCGCUUCUUGUGUAUGACAUCACCAGGAGGGAGACAUUCAAUCAUCUCGCUAGUUGGCUGGAAGAUGCAAGGCAGCACACCAAUCCUAAUAUGACAAUUAUGCUGAUCGGCAACAAGUGUGACUUGGCUCACAGAAGAGCUGUGAGCACUGAGGAAGGCGAACAGUUUGCCAAAGAGCAUGGAUUGAUCUUCAUGGAGGCGUCUGCCAAGACAGCGCAGAAUGUUGAGGAGGCUUUCACUAGAACUGCUGCAAUGAUAUACAAGAAAAUUCAGGAUGGUGUCUUUGAUGUAUCAAAUGAGUCUAAUGGAAUCAAAGUUGGAUAUGGAGGAAUUCCUGGGCCGUCAGGUGGAAGGGACGGCUCCUCUUCACAAGCCGGUGGCUGCUGUAGUUGAUCUCCUCCUCCUCCUCCUCGUCCUCCUCCUCCUAAUAAUGUUGUUCGUGCUAUUAAAUGUUUCUUCCUGUGUCCGUCCAUGCGGUGUACGGUAAAUGUUGUACAAUCCUUCUGUAUCAUUAACUGGUGCGUCGUGUACGUCCUUUAAUUGUUUGGAGUUCGAUUUCUUUGGAUUUGUUGUAGUCGAUGAGAUUCUUGCAUAUUACACCUGAACAUACUUUGCA